GACAAACAAACAUGCAUCGUGUAGCGGGAGAAGGUACGGCAGUGGACGAAAUUGUAGCGAUUCGUUCGCUCGUGUGCUAUAAUCCUUCUAAUCUUGGAGUAGCAGUCAGUACGACACCGUAAAAUGUAGCUAACCCCCUUAGAUCGAAUUCGUCGUGGCUGCCGGAAAACUGCACACCCAUGAGAUCAACUUUCGUUUCCAUCUCCAGCACGUUGACGUCCGCUGAGGAGUGGCGCGCAAAAAGAUGGCCAGCUCGCCAACCAGCAUUGAAAAUCAAAUAGACAGCUUUUUGGAACAGUUCAAACGUAGUGCCUCCCGCGCGAUGGAGGAAUCCCACAGGUCCAGUUACAAUGCUUGCAGCAGUAGUAUCAGUCAUAGUCGGAGUGGGAACCUGGAUCUCGAGAUCUUGGAGGCUGAAGAUGUAGAGAGUAUGACUGGUGAGAUUGAAAAUGGAGAUUUGGCAAUCCGAGAUGUUGCAGACCUCCUUCAAUCACAGUGUGCUAUUAUAACAGGUGGAAAAACUCGAGAAGGAUGUCCUAUUAUUACUUUUUCUGACAAUGGAAAUUUUUACAAUUUAUCAGACUUGGAUUAUCAACGUCUCAUGCUGUAUCUUACUUCUGUGCCAACAUUACAAGAAGCUGAUCUUGGAUUUCACUUAAUAAUUGAUAGAAGAAAUGAUAAAUGGAACUCUGUAAAAACUGUAUUACUAAAAAUCUCUGUAAGUAUAUAUAUACGCGCGCGCGCGUCAUAUGUUUUACGUCCAGCUGGACUUUUACAGAAAGCCCUUUCAGAAGUGUCAAAUAAAUUUUUUAGGGAAGACUUCAAAUUUAGAGUUAUAUUUUUAGCAAAUAUUGCUGAUCUUCAUGAAUUUAUAGAUAAAGAUCAGCUAACUGAGCAACUAGGUGGUACUUUGCCAUACUGUCAUCACACUUGGAUACAAAACAGAAUUAGUUUAGAAAAAUUUUCGUCAAUGACUCAAGACGUAUCUCUUGCAUUGGAUUCUUUCACACGGCGUUUAGCCCAAAUUGAAUUUCCUAACAACACUGUUGCAACUACAUCCUUAUUAUCUCAACAGCAAGUUGAAUAUAAUGAAUUAAAAGAAGAAAUUCUUAGUGCUGCAAGACAUGGUGAAGCACUAUUGGAUAGUGUAAGGCAAUUAACUGGCAAGGGAACAGCUGACAGAUUAGGAAAUGUUGCUGCAAUAGAAAGAUUACUUGUUCAACUAGAAGAAACAGAACGUACUUUUGACUUAUUUUGGUCACAUCAUAGUUCUCGUUUGAGACACUGCUUAGCAUUAAGACAAUUUGAAGCUGAUUUUAGAGAGUUACAAGCAACAUUGGACCAACAUUUAAAAACUAUAGAAGAAAUGACGGAAGUGGGAGAAACUGAAGCAAGGGUCGAACAGUUACUUUGUGACACGUCGGCCUUUCAAAGAAUAUGUAGAGGAGAUAUUGAACGAGCAGAGGAAGUGAUAUCCGCUGGUCAAACAUUACUAUCUGGAAGGCAUCAAUGCCCUACAGAUGUUGUAGAACCCAAAUGCGUCGAAUUACAGAGAAUUUGUACUAUUUUAAGUCAGAGACUGGAAAGGCGAUUACAUAUGUUAACCAAAUGCAGGGAACUCAUGGAACGUAUAGAUAAGGCAAACACGUGGUGUACGCGUGGAAUAGAAUUACUUGCGUCACAAAAUAAUUCAACACCACCAGACCAAGCACUUCAAGAGUUACAAGAAUUAAUAGAAGCUGCAGAAGAAUUCCAUCAUCCCAGAUGUAUUUUUCAAGAUUCUAUAAUGCCUGAAACUAAAGCUCUUAUUAGUCAAGUUUUACAAAGAAUAGAAGAUGUGUCGUUGAUGUGUGAUAAAAGGAUAAUGACAUUGAAACAGCAGUUAAUUAAACCAGCAAGACCAGUUCAAACUGUAACACCUGAACCAGUUAAGCCGUUACAAACACUGCCUCAAAUUGUGAAACCUGGAAGAAUUCUUAAAAAGGCUAAUACUAUGCCAAAGAUGGAGAUGAGUCCCAUAGAAGGGGAAUCUUCAUCGCCCGAAAGUGAAUCUAAAGAUGCAGAAGCUUUGCGCUUAAAACGCGGACAUGUUUUAGCGGAACUUGUUGAAACUGAACGAAUUUAUGUCGCUGAAUUAGGUUCCAUAAUUAAAGGGUACAAAAUGGAAUUAAUAAAUGAAGCAAUGGCUCAUUUAGUACCGGCAGCAUUGAUAGGCAAAGGGGAUAUUUUAUUUGGAAACUUAGAAGAUAUUUACAUUUUUCAUGGAGAAACGUUUUUAAGAGAUUUAGAAAAUUGUAUUUCGAAUACUGAACUUGUUGCAUUGUGUUUUGUACAAAGGCGCGAGGUGUUCUUCAGAUUGUAUAGUUAUUAUUGUCAAAAUAUUCCAAGAUCCGAGAGAUUACGAGAACAGAUACAAAAUGAACCACAGUUUCUUGCAGCUUGUCAGCAAAGGCUUGGUCAUAAAUUACCUCUUGCUGCAUACCUUCUGAAACCUGUUCAACGUAUAACAAAGUACCAGCUGCUAUUAAAAGAUCUUUUAAAAUACAGCGACGAACCAUCAUGUUGUACCGAGUUAAAAGAAGCAUUAGAUUGUAUGCUUGUUGUUUUGAAGUGCGUUAACGAUAGCAUGCAUCAGACUGCAAUCACUGGAUUUGGUGGAGAUCUAAACGCACAAGGUGAACUUUUGUUGCAAGGCUCCUUCAGUGUAUGGAGCAGUAGUAAGCGAGAACGGUUGCUUAGGUUAAAGCCAUCUCAACGUCAUAUAUUCUUAUAUGAAAAGGCUCUUAUAUUUUGUAAGCAUAGUAAACCACAAGCUCAUAAUAAAGCUACAUACCAUUUUAAGAGAUAUCUAAAGAUGUCACAAAUUGGACUAACAGAAUCAGUAAAAGGCGAUGCAAGACGCUUUGAAAUUUGGCUUCAGGGUCGCGCUGAAGUACAUACAAUACAGGCACCUACUGUAGAUGUUAAACAGUCUUGGGUGCUACAAAUUAAAGGUGUUUUAAUGUCUCAAUUAGCUGAGCUUAAGGGAAAACAAAAUUCUGCUCUUGGAAAGACUAAUCACAAACCUUUGCGACAAACAAUUUCAUGGGAAGCUCAAGGCAGUGUUUCUGGAUCUUUAAGAACUCUUUCGGUUGAUGGUAGCAGUGUUAUAUCACACAUUACAGAUGUUUCCCAGUCGACAGAAGAUGAAGUUGCAUGGAGUUCAGAGAACAGUAACACUGAUGACGAAGAUGCUUUCACUGAAACUCCUGGUCCUGCUCCUGGUGGAAGAUACGUAGCAUUAGCUGAUUAUUGUGCAGUUGGACAGUCAGAAGUUACUAUGCGUGAAGGAGAGAAUCUAGAACUUCUUAAAAUUGGUUGUGCUGGUUGGUGGUUUGUAAAAUUGAUAGGUACUGGAAUAGAAGGAUGGGCACCUGCGGCUUACUUGGAACCAAUGAAUCGGAAAACUUCCCGCAGCUCGCAAUCGGUCAACAGUCAAGAAACCAUAUGA